AUGGGUAGGAAGAAGAAGAGGGUUUCGUCGAAGGUUUGGUGCUACUACUGUGAUAGAGAAUUUGACGAUGAGAAGAUACUGGUGCAGCACCAGAAAGCUAAGCACUUUAAGUGCCAUGUCUGCCACAAGAAGCUAUCUACCGCUGGUGGCAUGGCCAUUCAUGUCCUCCAGGUCCAUAAAGAGAGCGUCACCAAAGUUCCCAAUGCAAAGACUGGAAGAGAGUCGACGGAUAUUGAAAUAUAUGGGAUGCAAGGAAUCCCACCUGACGUCUUGGCUGCACAUUAUGGAGAGGAAGAUGAGGACGCUCCAUCAAAAGUAGCUAAAGUGGACGUCCCAUCAACCCAGUUUGUUGGUGGUAUGGUGCCCGGUUCGAUGGGGAUUGGAUAUCCUCCCCAACCAGCUUUGGGUGCAAUCCGGCCAAUUUACAAUCCUGCAGUUCCAAUGCCUCCAAAUGCUUGGCAACCACGUCCCCAGCCAUGGUUUCCACAACUUCCAGCAGUCUCAAUUCCUCCUCCUUCCUCAUUGGGUUAUGUGCCACAGCCAUUGUUUCCUGUGCAGAAUGUGAGGCCACCCCCUCCAUCAUCAACCCCUGCACAUCUGCCGUCACAUAUAACUCCGCCUGGACUUCCCACAUCCGUGCCUCCUGUUCCUGUAUCACAACCCCUGUUUCCUGUUGUUGGUAUAAAUAAUGUACCAACUCAAAGUUCUCCCUUUUCAGCUCCUAUGCCUUCAACUAGUAUUCUCUCAAAUUCUCCAGCUGAACUUAAAGGCUCAACAGAUGCACAUCAAGGUGGGACCUUAAUUAAUUCACACUCUUAUGCAUCUGGUCCAAAUACUGGUGGUCCAUCAAUUGGACCACCCCCUGUAAUUGCAAACAAAGCUCCCGCUCCUCAGCCAGCAGCUAAUGAGGUGUAUCUGGUUUGGGAUGAUGAGGCUAUGUCCAUGGAGGAAAGAAGAAUGUCCUUAGUGAAGUAUCAGGUGCAUGAUGAAACUAGCCAGAUGAGUUCAAUUGAUGCAGCCAUAGACAGAAGGAUUUUGGAGAGCCGGCUCGCUGGCCGGAUGGCAUUUUAG